UGGAAGGAAAGCCUCCUGUGUGGAGCGGUAUUACAGCUUGGGUGACUAGAACUCCGUGUGACCUUUGCUUGCAACAUUUCCAAUGCAAUGUUUAGUUUCGGCAAUCCUGCAGACAAGAGCAAUCGAAGACUGAUUCAGAAACUCCUGCCCCAGCGAGUGUAUUAUUCCAAUUGUCACUAGAGUGUAAGCUCAGCUGCCACAUCAAGAAAAAACCUCUAAGAUUAAAACCGCAGCACAAGCAUGUCCGUUGCAAGGACAAUCUUCAAGGGCAUUGUAUUACUGGAAGUGGCUGGUGUGGUUGGGGCAUAUGGUGUGUUUCAAAAAAUGAAUUCAAGUCAAGAUUUUAGGUAUACCAUGAAUAGAAGAUUUCCCUCUGUCUUAGAAAUGUUCUAUAAGUCCAAUGAAUGGGCUGGGAUUUAUGGAAUACGGGAACUUGAUGCAGAGAAAUGGUCUGAGAUAAAAUGAUUUCACAGUUUUGCUGCAUACAAACUGAACCUAUUACGACUUAAUUCCUGUGGUUUGCACACAAGACGAUGCAAUAUUUAUAUACCUGUGGCUAGCAUCUAGCCUUAUUACUUGGUA